UAUACUCAUAACCAGGUCAAAUCAAGCAACGCAGUAAAGCAGCUAAUCCAGAAAAACCUUAUGCAGACCUCUCAAGAUGGCACAAGGACAUCUUUCGGUGCAAACUUCCUGCGUAAAAGUGGAGCUGGAAAGAACCAAGCAAAAGUCGUGAAGGUCUCAGCCGACCGCUACAGCAAAGAGGACUUUCUGAACAGACGUUACAGUGAUGACGUGAGCUCGAAGGACAGCAGGAGCACCUCACAGUCUGCGUCGUUGCUCAGAGGAGCUCAGAGUGAACCCCUGAAAAGGGCCCAUAAGGUCUGUUUUCAGGAGCCGGAAGGAUCUCAUGAGGCACGGCGCCGCCUGUCCUCUAUCACAUGCUCUGGUGGAGCAGGAGUGGCUGUGGACUUUACCAACUUAGCAUUUGAUUCAACAAACAGUUCAGAACUGGACAUUCAGACUUCUGAGGCUCAAUCACACAUUGCUGAUAACAAGGAGUUGAGUGUUUCAAAACGAAAUGAAUUAUCUCCAACAUCUAAACAGGAGUGCGAGUCUACAGACUUACCGGUACCUAAGACGAAGGAUCCUGCUUCUACACUGAAUGAGCGACUCUUGUCGAAGCAUAUCUCAGGUGCUAAAUCUGAUAUUGAGGAUUCAGUGCAGGAACCUGGGAUGUGUAAACUUCAAGAGAGCCAUCUAAAAAUUCAGUCAGAACCUACACAAGAGUGUGAACCCUUGAAUUUCUAUCCAAUACCUGUUGGAGUACUAGAUCCUUCUAGUGGAACAUUAAACACCAGAAGCCUGGUGAUCAAGAAUAAAUUCAGAACUUCUUUAGAUGGCAGGCUUAACCCUCAGUGGCAACCAAUGUCAAUCCCCGCAACCCCUGCGCUGAGCAGACGCAUGAAUGACCCAGGCACAACAUCUUCCAAAGAUUCGCCAUUUACAGGACGCAGAUCACAAAGCGUCCCAAGACGCCGUCCGCCCUCUCCGCCAAACACAUCUGGUCACAUUAAGAAAGAAUUCCUCAACCAAUACCCUCUCCCACAGUGCAGUUACUCUGCACCAAAAAACCCUGCUCCUAAUAAUCACAACCUUGCUGACAGUGAAUCAAGCAGCCUAAGUAGUUUGGACAGCCUUGACCUGAGUACUCUGCCAUCCCGUUUCCCUGACAACCAGCAGCAGACAAUGGGCACAUUGCAGAGGGAAAUGAAUGCUCUGUUUGAGCAGAAAAUGCGUGAGAUUCACUGCCAUUCACCACUGUUUUUCAGAGAUUCCUCAACAUUGUAGAAAAAGCAUGCAUGUGAAACCUAAAAAGAAACAGAAAACAAAAUUCCACACCACAGUUACUGUGACGGAUAUGGACAUGCUACAGGAAGAAAAGUAAACACAUAAGCAAAUACAUAUUUGCAUUUUAUAAAAUGCAAAUAUUACCUUGUUUAAAUCUUAAUCAUCAGCUCAUGUCACCUGGGCUCAUAAUUCAUGUUCAUAUUUUUUCCCAAAAAGAGCCUGAAAUGUUACAUUCUGUCUUUUGCAUCUGGAAGCUGCCAUUUUAAUUUAGAUAUAAUGAAUUUAAAGACUACACUAAACAGAUGUUUCUGCUCAUUUUUUGUUAAAUAAUGCAAUCACACUUUGGUGUAAGUCCAAGUUUAUUAAUUCAUUAAUAUACAUGGUGCCAGAAUGAAUACCUCUUUUGUGACAGUAAAGAGGUGAUAUUUUUUUUACAUAAUUGUAUGUAUUUUCCCCAUGUUUCAAUUACAAAACAACUGUAAUAUGUUACUUGUCAUUUUUACUUCUAUAAAAUAUUUAACUUUUUAUAGACAUUUUUUCAGAUGUCUCCAAUCUUUGUCAUUCAUUAGCAAAAUAGAUUUUACAUUUAACAUUUUAGACUCAUAAUGAUGGUCUAAAAAAAUCUAUAUUGUUUUAAGUUGGAAUGCAUGAUAAUUAUGUAAAAUACAAACAGCUACAUGAGAUUUUGCUGCAAGAUUCAGAUUAAAAGGUGCCUCACUCGAACAUCUAGAGUGAACAAACAGGUAGCUUGAUUUAAAAGUUUUAAAAAAUGAAAAUUAUGUAUUAAAAACUCUGCAAUCCAGUACAUGUAAUCUAAAUCAGUUAAAAUGUAUAAUCAUUUUCUAAUAUGGGAAAUAGUAAUAAAUCCUAACACCAGAUAAUGUACAGACCUAUGAACAGUAAAGUCAUUUUGCUAUGUAAGACAUACAUAUAGCAUUGCUGUUGUUGAAACUUCUAUGGCUUGUUCUUGUCUGAGGUUUCUUGGUCUCCCUGUGUGUUGGUCAUUCUCAAACGCUGGCUCAGCUCC